AUGAAAUCUAUUAUUUGUUUUUAUUAUUUGUUAAUUGCUACCUUAGCUGACACUACGUAUUAUUAUCCACUAUCAAAAAUAACAAGAGCAGGUACGGCAUCGUCUCAUCUAAAAUCGCCGAUAUUUUUAAUAACAUCUCAACGCGCGCAACUUCAACAGUACCAUAAUCAGGACGCUUUAGGUCAGUACUCAUAUGGCUAUUCAGAACCUUUAUCGGCAAAGGAAGAAACUCGUACAGCAGAUGGUAUCACAAAGGGCUCCUAUUCGUAUAUAGACACCAAUGGCCUUUUACAAACAGUCGAUUACACUGCCGACUCUAAUGGGUUUCGCGUAGCUGCUACCAAUUUACCAUUCGAUACACAAGAAAUGCCACAAAUUGUAACGGAUACUCCGGAGGUAAGGAAGGCGCGCGAACAGCAUUUGGCAGCUCAUCAGGCAAUUUUAACAGGAGAUUACGCUGCAUCCGAUAUAUUACCGCAACCUGUCGAAGAUACUCCCGAAGUAGCUGCUGCGAAAGAAGAAUUUUUUGCUCGCUUCAAAGCCGAAGAAGACCGUCACAAUCUUUUGCAUAACGCGUCUGCAGUGCAAAGUGAAGAUUUCUUAUCAGCCGCAGUAUCAUUGCCAUUGGUUAUACCAACUGCGGUUAAGGCAUUUAAAAGCUCCGCUAUCGAGAGUGACGGUUUAACAUAUGCUUAUCAAUUAGCCGCACCCAUUAAACUAAAGCAUUUCUAUAUACCAGUUGUUUAA